AUGCCUCGUUUUGACUCUCCAGACUACGAGCGGGAAGCAGAACUGCCCAGAUUCAACUACGAGCCAUUCGACGGUUACGUGGCUCCGCUGUCAGCAUCGCGCUCAGGGUUGAUACCAGAACACUACAUCCACCAUUCUUCCAUGUCUGCGGCCCUUGGCCAUGAGCAAAGGAACCAGCAUGCUCAAGAGGACAGCUUCGGAACUCAUGAAUCAUACGAAGGCCUGCCAUCGUAUUACCUCAACGACAACGGGGACAAUUAUUACGAUGAUGAAGGAGCGGAUGACGACGAUUUCGAGGACAACGAGUGGGCCGAGUACGCCUAUGAGGACGCUGACCGGUGUGGCCUUGUCGACAACUCGUACGGUCCUCAUGAUUACGAGGCCGACUAUACUAGCGACUUCAAGAACGAGGAGUACAUCGGCGUGGCGGGAUAUCUUGACGAUGAUCAACACCCAAGAGAGCAUUACUACGGCAACAACGAAGAUGGGGCUGGCUAUCAAGACAACGAAGAAUCAGAAGAACCCCGUGACGACAUCGACUGGGCAGCCCUAGUCCACCCAAGCUUAUACGGCAAUCGGCUCUCAAGCCCUGACUCUGACAAUUCAACUGGCAGUCGCUUAUCUCGUGAGGAGAUUGAGAGACGACACAAUGCUUUCCACCCGCAGUGGAAUCAGGUAAACUGGCAAGCGCCCGCCAGGAACCCUCCGUCAACCUCCAUUUCGCCCAGGGCCAGCAAUCAACCAAGCCGCAACAGAUCUCACAGCGUCAUCAGCAUAUCAAGCUCUGAGGACGAUAAGAGCGAAUCCAGCAUUGAGCUUCUCGGCGUCUCACGCGUCAAGUUUAGCAACGACGCUAGCCGUUGCAAGGAUGAUAGACAGGGGCAGGAUUCUGAGCAAAGGGAAAAGGACCAGGUCAGCUUCAAGCACCGAUCUGCUCUUGUGCUACACCCUCAGGAUCGAGAGAGUGCUGGCAGCAGUAGAGGCUACGGGCACAUGCCUAUAGCAGUGGACUUGACUGAGGAGCAUGUGCGAGAGAACAUUGUCCAGGAAAACAACAAACGGAAGCGGGAGAACAGUAUUGAGUUCCUCUUUGCGUUCCGACGCAACGUGCGGCCUAGGCAGCAUUAA